UUGGUCAAACGUGUUACACGUUGACUACACAUGCAAGCUCACUAGCUUUCUCGCUUGUCAGUCAAAUUUCUCUCCACAGGUAGCCUACAGUAAAGAGAGAGACAGCUGGGGCACGUUGACAGUGUUGUACAUUUAGGUAGAAUGAGUGUGGGUUUCAUAGGAGCGGGCCAGCUGGCGCACGCUCUGGUGAGAGGCUUCACGGCUGCAGGCGUGAUUGCCACCCACAGAAUCACAGCCAGCUCCCCAGACACAGAUCUCCCCACUGUGCAGGCACUGCGGAAAUUGGGUGUGAGUUUGACCACCAGCAACAAAGAGACAGUGAACAAAAGUGAUGUUCUCUUCCUGGCUGUGAAGCCACACAUCAUUCCUUUUGUGCUGGAUGAGAUUGGACCAGACAUUGAAGAUCGUCACCUUAUUGUGUCCUGUGCUGCAGGAGUCACCAUCAGCUCUAUAGAGAAGAAGCUGCAACAGUAUUGCACUGAUCCAAAGGUAAUGCGUUGCAUGACCAACACUCCAGUGGUGGUGCGAGAGGGGGCCACUGUGUACGCAACAGGCAGUCAUGCAAAGGUGGAGGAUGGGAAGCUUCUGGAGCAGCUGAUGGCCAGUGUAGGAUACUGCACUGAGGUGGAAGAGGACCUGAUUGAUGCUGUCACCGGCCUCAGCGGCAGCGGCCCUGCUUAUGCGUUUACAGCUGUAGAUGCUCUUGCUGAUGGUGGAGUGAAAAUGGGCCUGCCCAGGAGACUGGCUGUACGCCUUGGAGCCCAAGCUUUGCUGGGAGCUGCUCGAAUGCUGUUGGACUCAGAGCAACACCCUGGGCAGCUCAAGGACAAUGUGUGUUCACCAGGGGGCGCCACCAUCCACGCCUUGCAUGUCAUGGAGAGUGGUGGCUUCCGCAGCCUCCUGAUCAACGCUGUAGAGGCCUCAUGUGUUAGGACUAGGGAACUUCAGUUUUUGGCAGACCAAGAGAAAAUCUCCCCAGCUGCCAUAAAGAAGACGACUCUGGACAAAGUGUUGCAGCAGCCAGGAGUGACUGCAGAAGGUGUUGGAGUCCGAUCUCGUGGGAUCAGUAUGUUCAACAGUAGUGACUCCAGGACCAAAAAGAAGUGAUCCCCCACAUUUGGAAAUGGCACAUUUUAAUGUUACCUGUCACAUCAAUGAAGAUGCUGUAAAUAAACCACUACUGGCAGAUGAUUGUUGAAACAUAAAAUAAUCUAGUGGAUUAUGUUUUAGAAACAAAACAGUUAAUUUGGGAUGUUACUGUAAAAACUGUUUUAACAGUGCUUAAAGGUUUGACUCCUUUACUGUCAUAUCAGUUCUCUCAGUCAGUUAGUGGACUAGAAUAGUAAUUUCAAUUUCUGUGGUUGCUAUGACUUUCUAAAUCUCAUUUCUGGUGGUAGGUGGGUUAGGUUAGGUUAAAUUAGGAUUACUAAAUAACAAUGCACUUCAGUGGUAUGCACUUUGUUGUGAAGCAGUAAACUCUGCACCAUGUUCUUCUGGGAGUGGUAUGAUGGGUUCAACUUGUAUUUAUGCAGUUUCAAUAUUAUGUUUGGUUUUUUAAUAUUCUACUACUUAAACUUUUCUUUAAAAAAAAUGUGAUAAAUGCUAUAUUUUAUGAUGCAAUGAACCUGAGGAUCUUUUCAAAACAUUUUAUUAUUAAAUAUAGAAAACACA